AUGCAGGAUCAAUCAAGAGUCCAGAAGUUUGCGCGUAUGGUUAAGGAAAUGUUUGUGGAUCCUGACGAAUUAGAAACGCUGACAGAACAUGAAAAGGCUGCUUUAUUCUCCGCUAUUAGAUGCGAACAGAUCAGGCGUUAUAAACUGUGGCUGGCUAAUCAGGAACUCCAUUCAAAAACAAGUGAAACAGAAACAGAUGAUUCUAAAUUGAAUAAUGAACAGCCAAAAAAACGUGUAAACUAUUUAUGUGGAUCUGAUGGUAAACUAAUUGUUACUACUGCUUCAGCACCAGACUACGACAGAUCAAAUCACCCUGUUAGCUAUGAACCGGCAAAUAACGCAUCAAAAACAAUUAUUCUUGUUAGAGAAUUUGAAUCGCUGACAUCAUCAUCAUCAGAAACGAAUAGUGUCAAUUCGACAACCACAUCAACCGUCAUUACACCAACGACAACACUAACGCCGACACCAACGCCAACAACACCAACAACAACCGCAUUCAAAAUACUCACAAGGCCAACAACAACACCAAUCAAAUCAAUUUUCACAACAAAUGUAACAUUUUCAACAACAACACUAACUAACACGAUAAAUAGUAAUUCAAUUUCGAAUAAUACAACAAAUGUAUCCUAUUCACCAGAGAAUAAUACAAUUACACCACAUAGAAAUGAUAAACAGUGUUAUGAAAAUGGUGUACGUUUAAUUCAACCCAAUAUAAUUCACCAAUCAUUUGAUUCAUCCGUUUCAGAACAUGACUCAUCAUCAUACACUUAUGACUCAUCAUCAUAUUCUUUCUCUUCAACGACUACUGUACCAACCAAUUCAUCAUCAAUAAACACAUCAUGUAGUACAAAUGAUUCCAGUAUUUCUGAUACAUUAUAUGUUGCUAGUAGUAAUUCUAAAUUUUCAUUGAAUAAUAAUAAUAAUUAUCGAAAUAAUAAUAAUAAUAAUAAUAAUAAUCUUAAUAAUAUUAAUAAUAGUAAUAAUAAUAAUAAUGUCUUUCUUUUAUCUCCAACACCAUUCAAUCGAAAAAUUUAUUUGAAUCAACAGACCAGUAAUCAUAUUGUUACACCUUCAUCAAAUACUACUAAGAAUUACAAUGAUAAUUAUUUACUUACUAUGAAUGGACAUUGUACAAAUUGUGGCAAUGCUAAAAAUAAUAAUAAUAAUAAUAUUGACAAUAAUACUCGAAAUCAAACAAAUGGACAUUAUAUUUCUGUUAGUGAAUCGUCUAAACAAGAAAAUGAAAAUUAUCAAAAUCCCAUAAAAACAAUUAAUACUACUCAAAAUUCUUCUGAAAGUACUAUACUAUCAGAGCAUUACUAUUCACCAGAAAAUCAACAUACAUUUGAUUUAUAUUCUCAUUCAAACAAAUUUUAUAGUAAUAACAAUAAUGCUAGAAGUGAUAUACAAGGAAAAGGUGGAGGUGGAGGAGGUGGAGGAGGAGGAGCAGGAGAAAGAAGAAUACUACAAGUAGACAAUCAAGAUGAAAUCAUUGAAUUCAAGAAUGACAUGAAUGUAAAUAAAGGUAGAAAUGAUUAUAAACAUCGAAAAAUCGAUAACAAUGACUCUCAUGUUGUUUGCAUAUCGAACAGUAAUAAUAAUAAUAAUAAUAAUAAUAAUAAUAAUAAUAAUGCUUCAGUAGUGAUGACAACUCCAACAUCAUAUGACAGUAAUAACAGCAAUCAUAUUGGUUAUAUGCAUGCUAGUAAGAGAACAAAUCAUUCUGAUCAUUACAAUAGCGAUGUUAGUUAUGGUGGUAGUAGUAGUGGUAGUAGUAUAAACAGCAGUCCUUGUAGUAAUAAUGGCAAUAAUAAUAAUAAUCAUAAAAAUUAUUAUUUAGAUUUAGACAAACAAUCAAACAUGAAGAAUCCUAAUCAUGUGUAUGAUUCGAAAAUUGAACUUGAAUGUACAAUGUAUAAUCGUAAUAGCUUUACAACACCAAUUGGUUCUACAAAUACAACACAUCAAGGAAGUGAUGCAUCUAUUGACGAUCCAAUCUCACCAAUAACCACACCAACACCACAAACACCACAAACAACAAAUAAAACAUUGAAACGUUUUGUUUUAACUAAAAAUCCAUUAACUAGUCCUUCAGUAACAACAACAGCAACAACAACAACAACCACACCUAGUGGUAUAUCAUCGACACUGUCAACUCGUCAAAAUUAUCACAUUGAAGAAUUAAUUCCAAUCAAUACUAAUAUAAAUAAUGUAAAUUUAUCAAUAACAAAAAAUCCUUUAUUCAAUAAUUCAUAUCACACUAUAACAUCACAACAAAAUUCUCAUCAAACUCCUAUAUCUUAUUCAUUGUCAACAUUGGAAUUAGAAGAUAAACUGCCUGCAUCAUCAUCAUCAUCACUUAGUGCUUCAUCGAAUUUGUCAAAUCAACUGAAAGAGAAUCAAAUGACUAUUAGUAGAUCUAGUGAAGAGAAAAAAUCAUUAUCAUUAUUAUCAAAAUAUCAUUUAUCACAACAAAAUAAUAAAAUUGAUAAUAACAAUAAUAAUCAUAAUAAUAUGAAUUAUUAUUAUUAUGGUAAUGAUGAUUUAUCAGUUGGAUCAAUACAACAACUUUCAAAUUAUACAGAUUAUAGUUAUCAUUUAGAUUCGACGGUACGUAAAACUAACUUACCCCCAUCAACACUCCCACGACCUGGAUUUUGGACACCAGAUGUGAAAAGUUCCCGUAAAAUUAACAAUCUAAUUCAAGAAGAUCCUAAAACUAAAGUAUACAAAUGGUUUGAAAAUUAUGAAGCUGCACGUCUACUUAUAGAUUUUGGAUUGCCAAUCACUGGUUUCAGUCCAAAUUUAUCAUCAUUAACAUUUUCUCAUGUACCUGAAUGGUUCCAUGGAUUCCUUUCUCGUGAACAAGCUGAACGUUUACUUACUAAAAAUGAUAAAAAUGGCAGUUUUCUCCUACACCUGAAUGAAUCCUUUUUAGGUUAUGUUAUCAGUUUGUUUACAUCAUCCUAUUGUAAUCAUUUUCUUGUAUCAGUAAUUGCUGUGAAAGAAAAUAAUCCUGGUACACGUAGUACAACAAAAAGUACUUAUCAGUUAUAUGGUGUUUCAAAUCCUGAACAAUUUACUGAUUUAAGAGAUCUUGUUAAAUUUUAUUCUGUUCAUAGUUUAGGUCGUAAUAAUAAUCAACAAUUAUUACUUCAUCCUGUUGGACAAGAAAAUCCAACUCUACCGGAUUAUUUGGAUAUAUUUUAUUCUAGACCUGAGUCAAAUUUCUCUACAAGAUUUUAA